UACGCCGGGCUCAUCGGUCAAGCCAUCAAGACGUCUUCGGAUCAGCGACUCAGUCUCGCCGAAGUGUACCAGUGGAUCAGCACGGUGCACCCCUUCUUUGAGCGCGGCGACCGCGGCUGGCAGAACUCGAUUCGUCAUAAUCUCAGCUUGAACAAGAGCUUCAUCAAGGUUGAGAGGGAGUCAAACAUGCCGGGCAAGGGAGGGUGGUGGGCCAUC